AAGGACUGGAGCUUGGAGGAGUGCCAUGAGACUUGGAAAAUCAGAAAACCAAACAUGCUCGGAUACUACAUCUGAUGUCAGAUCUCAGACAUCCAAACUUAGUGGUGGUACACAAGAUGCAUUCAAUGAACUUGAAGGAAUUAAUCCACGAACAAGCUGUUCUUUGUCUCAGUGCGAUGAAGGGAACUCCUCUGAGGAAGACAUAUCAGAUCUCUCAGAACUUUCUAAAAGGACUGCGUCUUUGAACAUUGGAUGUGUAAGUGAAGAUGAAUCACUCGCUGAAAUCAGGCUUUCCUUGUUGGAUCACCAGAGUUGGGAAAAGACAGGCCAAGAUGAAGGAAUUCAGAAUGAUGUGGAAGAAUGGUACAAUGCCUCAGAAGACAUUUCGGGAUAUCAGAUGAAACAUGAUAUUGGAUCUGCAGCCCUGGAUGCCAAUGGUUUCCUGCUUCAUCUUGCACCUGCCUUCUUGAAAGAAAACAAGACAUCAGAUACUUAUUCAAAUAAUGGAAUAGCUGAUCAGCAGAGUAUCUACACAAUGACUGUUGGAAUGAAAUCACCAAAUACUCUGAAGAAUGAAGAAAAUUCUUUAUCUACUAGUGAACUACAUACAAAUACAGACUUGGAAAUAAAAUCAUCUAUAGCUGGAGCUUCUUUGGUUGAAGACUGUUGUUUGUUCCCCCAAUUAACAGGAUUGAAUGAAACUGAAUCCAAGCUGGAGAGUAGGGACCCUCUCUCUGUUGGACACAUUCACAAGGCUCAGCAAGAUACAGUCCUGAAAGAACCAGUUGAAGAUUCACAUAAGGAUAUGGAUGGCUGUUGGAUUGGAGAUAAGAGGCCUGGAGAGUCCAGAAGACCCAGUCAUGAAAAUAGAGGAAGACCUUCCAAACUGGACCACACCAUUCUGCUGGGAAUGGAGCAACAACGAAAAGCUGAGGGAAGACAAGCUCAAGUCUUACACAUUUACUCAAAACUUCAGGAGACUCAAAUUCCUGCAUUCCGAGCACCUGAGACUAGGACUAUCUCCAACUUUGAAGAUUUCGACUUUUUGGCAAAAUACUGCAUCUUCAGCCAGGAGAAGUUGGCUAAGUACAAAAGGUCUUUUGAAGCGGUGGAUACUGAUGGAGAUGGAUACUUGAACUGCCUGCAAGUUUUGAUGGCUCUGAAAGAAAUUGUCCCUUCAGAUGCACUAACUGAUGCCGAAGAACUUUAUGUAUAUAGGAUCUUAGAGAUUGUUGACUAUUAUGUAACAGAUGGCCUGACAGACCUCCGACUCUUCGCAGUGAUGGCUAGCUUGGCACAGAAAAUAGCAGCACUGGACAAUUUUAUGAGAGCAUUGAUUGGCCGCAUGGAUUUUAAAGCCUUGGAACUGAAAAUGUACAAUGCUAGGCAAUUAUUUCUGUGGAAUAUUGACUCUCACUCCAGCAGCAUCACCGUGGACCAACUUUUGGUAGAGCUGAAGGCUGGAGGGAUAAGUGAAGAGCAUGAGAAAGCCGUGCAGAGAGAACUGAGACACAUCCAGAAACUAGAUCUUCUUGAUUUCUUGACUUACCUGCCACUUUUUGUUCUUAUCCACAAUUCUGUCAUUGCCAAUCCACUGGAUGAUUCGAGAACAAUCUGACCAACUACCUUAACUCUAGCAGAAGGGAACCUGAUGUCUUAUGAAGGCUUCUGAUUUACCAUUUUCCAGCAGACACCACAGAUUGCGGUGAUGGUAAGGAACAACAUAUCAGAAACAAAAAUUGCAAUUCCAAUCAAUACACUAGUACAUGUAAAUACAGCAAGGCCUAAUCUGCAGCCGUCAGUCACCUGAGUAGUCCUUGCAGGAGUAAAUCAGAUAGAGGCUCAAAUACUGAGAUUUGUAAAUGUAAAUUUUAAGGGUACAUUUGGCACCCACAGAGACAGUGGCUGAGCCACAGUCCUGGAAAUGUUCCCAACAAUUAAACUGUCAGGGUUUCUGUGAUGCUGUAGCCCCCUUUAUACAUGAGGGGCCACAUUUUCAAAAGGUCUCAGCAACCACAAUUGUGCUCAGACUGGCUACUUCAUGUAGGUGCCUUGAACGGGAAGAGUUGGAUCCAGAGCUCUUUUGAAAAUCUGACCCGUUAUCUGCCUUUAUAAUAUAUUUUUUUAAAAUGAUUAUAAAAUACUAAUGUAAUGUGUAGGAAUUCCCUUUUCUCCGUUUAUCUCAGCCAGUGCACUUUUAAGUCUGGUUACUGUGACUGGCCUAUGACUAUUGAGAAUCAACAGGUUAUUUCUAGUGUGUUGUGAGAAAUAGGCUGAAAGCACGAAGGAUUAAUUUUGCCUUUUCAAUCUGAUCACAAACGUUUUGAAAUUAUAUUGUUAAACUAUCAUUGGGUAAAGUGAGAUAAACAGCAUCUGGUUCAGGGUAGUCAGCCAGUGACGGAACCUGGAUCUGCCUAGAAGAGUCAAAAGUAAGAAAAUGUAUCAGACAAAAGCUGAUCCCAGCGGGCUUGCAAGGAUGUUGUCUCAUGGGGGAUGUUGAUGUCACAUACGGCAAAAGCAAUUGUGUAUAUAGGUGGCAAUCUAUAAGACCUUACGAUAGACUCCUAUGGAACCUUUGCUUUGUCUUCAGGGGGAGUUUUGUUUUACUAAUGUUAGGCAUGUCCAAUGAUUUUCACUGUGUAUUUGUAGCAGUCACAGGUCUUUCACAAGGAUUUUGCUUAGAUACCUUAUGCAAAGCACUCUGGACCAAAUCCUGAGCUGGUGGAAAUCAAAGUAUUGUACCAUCUGAGGUAGGAUAGCCAACUUUCUAAUCAUACAAAACAGAACAACCCUACCCUGCCCCUGCCCCACCCCUUCUCGGAGGCCCAUUCGUGCUCACUCUCUCCCCGCUCCCUCCGUUGCUCACUUUCCCCCGCCCUCACUCACUCUCACUGGGCUGCGGCACGGUAGGUGGGGUGCGGGAGGGGGGUGAGGGCUUCAGCUGAGGGCAUGGGCUCUG